AUGUGCUCUGCUCAUGACGUCGGUGAAAGUGAAGUUUUAAAAAGAAACUACGGCAUUGUCCAGCUUCAGCUAACGAAAAAGAGAACGAUGGACUCGAGAAGGAAUUGCUUCUUCAAGUACUAUGUUGUAGUGCUGCAUUUAUUGAGACGUGUGUUGCUUCGUUCUCUUGGUUUAUCGGCUGUUCGGUGUGCUUUUGUAGUUGGCAAAACGGAUCUCUCUCGCAGUUCGCGUGGUGCCAUGGCGUCGGCGGCGGCAGCAGCAGCAGCAGCAGCAGCAGCAGCAACAACAGCAGCAGGAGGAGGAGAUGGCAAGGAAGGAGGGGUCAUUGGCAGUGGUGGUGGUGACCCUGCUGAGGAGGCUGUGGAGGAGCGUGUCAUCAACGAAGAGUACAAGAUCUGGAAGAAGAACACGCCGUUCCUCUACGACCUGGUGAUGACGCACGCGUUGGAGUGGCCGAGUCUCACUGUGCAAUGGCUGCCGGACGUGACGCGGCCCGAGGGCAAGGACUACGCCGUCCACCGCCUCAUCCUGGGCACGCACACGUCGGACGAGCAGAACCACCUGCUCAUUGCCAAAUUUGGCGGGUUCGGGUCUGUGAGUGGCAAGAUUGAGAUUGAAAUCAAAAUCAACCACGAGGGCGAAGUGAACCGGGCCAGGUUCAUGCCGCAGAACCCCUGCGUGAUUGCGACCAAGACGCCGUCGUGCGAAGUGCUGGUGUUUGACUACACCAAGCACCCGUCGACGCCGGCGCCCGGCGGCGAGUGUCAGCCAGACAUUCGGCUGCGGGGUCAUCAGAAGGAGGGCUAUGGGCUGUCGUGGAACCCGAACCUCAACGGCUACCUCUUGUCGGCGUCGGACGACCACACCAUCUGCUUGUGGGACAUCAACACGACGCCCAAGGACAACCGCGUGGUGGACGCCAAGAGCAUCUUCACGGGCCACACGGCCGUCGUCGAGGACGUGGCCUGGCACCUCCUGCACGAGUCGCUGUUUGGCUCGGUGGCCGACGACCAGAAGCUCAUGAUUUGGGACACGCGCUCGCACACGACCAACCGACCGUCGCACACGGUGGAUGCACACGCGGCGGAAGUCAACUGUCUGUCGUUUAACCCGUACUCGGAGUUUAUUUUGGCAACGGGAAGUGCAGACAAGACUGUGGCCCUUUGGGACCUGCGCAACUUGAAGCUGAAACUGCACUCGUUCGAGUCGCACAAGGACGAGAUCUUCCAGGUGCAGUGGUCGCCGCAUAACGAGACGAUCCUCGCGUCCUCUGGCACGGACCGCCGACUCCACGUUUGGGAUCUCAGCAAGAUUGGCGAAGAGCAGUCGUCGGAGGAUGCGGAAGACGGGCCACCAGAGUUGUUGUUUAUUCACGGCGGACACACGGCCAAGAUCUCGGACUUUUCGUGGAACCCCAACGAGCCAUGGGUCAUCUGCUCCGUGUCCGAGGACAACAUCAUGCAGGUGUGGCAAAUGGCGGAGAACAUUUACAACGACGAAGAGCCGGACGUGGCCAACGGAGACCUGGAAGCACCAGCGGCAUCUUAG